CAACACCACUGUGCCCCAGCCUACUUGAAGUCUCUCGUUUGCGUCUGACCACUGGCAUACCUGCUAUCACGGCACUUGGCUACAUCGACUGCAAUACCGUGAUCUCACUUCGGCAUGCUCGACAUGCUCCUUCUCCCUCUGCUGGCGGCUUCCGCGCUAGCAGCUCCACAGCAGACAACGCCAACAGGAGUGCGACCCCAAUUCAAAUCUGCAAAAUAUGUCGGCAACGUCACCGAUCCUAGUCUGGACAGAGACUCUUGCGGCUCCACACGCAUCGGCAGCCGAGCCUUCUGGACAUGCAGAGACACUAUGGCAUUUAUCAAUGGCGAAUCAAAAUUUCCCAUCUACAUGAAUACCGCAGCUUGGUCCCCUUUGGGUGCAGGCGUGGUAAGCAGUGGUCCUGUUGGAGCUGGAUCGACAGGAAAGAAUGCUAUUCUGCAAAUGUACGGCGAGCACAUCGAGUACUUCCCAGCCCAAGCCGAUAACUGCCCUGUGGGUCAUGGACAAUGCUCCGACGACUCCGGACGUUGGGUCUACUGGCCAAACAGCCAGCCGAUCGUCACGCAAGUGAGCUCGACACGGUUCACUGCCUACCAGUUCAUUGCGAAGUCGAAGAUCAAGGGUUUCAUGCCUGUCGGCGGCCCGCCAGCAUACAUGCUUUGGAAGCAAGUCUACACUGGCACAUCGGAUAAGAACAAAGUGCCCGCGGCAACAGUCGUGGCGCAAGCGUUUUGGAAGGCUGGCGAAAUCGGAUAUGGCGACUACGGCAAUGUUAUCCGCAAUGGCUACGCGUACUUGUACGGCAAGGUCAACGAUCCUGAUCCACCAGCUCUCGCACGAGUCAAGCUUGGCUACAUGGAGAACAAGAGCGCCUACGAAUACUACGUGUCGGGCAAAUGGGUGAAGACGAUGCCGAAGAUCACGGAUAGCGGCAUCAUCAUCCCAAACUGCGGAGCUGGCUGGCAAGGAACUUAUUACUACUCUGCGUUCUACAAGUCCUUCAUCUGGAUCGGCCAGAAAUACGGACAGCCUGUGGCCUGGUUCUACAUCUCGACCGCUCCAGCACCUGAAGGUCCUUGGGUUGAGCCAUACAUUCUGUGGAAGGGUCAAGAUGGUACUGGAUUUGUCGGAGCUUACACUUUGCAGGCAAACCCAGCAUUGCUCCCUUCUUCGGAUGCUUCCGAGAACGCCAUCUAUCUGACUUGGACCCAGCCUUACAAUAGUGGGCCAUACAUCACGCCCUUGGCGUACAUUGAGUUCCAAUAGAGAUCGGUGGGAUGGCAUGGCGUUGGUCGGACCCUCUUAUUAUGAGCGCGAUACCCAGAGAUACCCUCAGCGAUAGAUAGAGUAUGCAUUGUAGCAUUUAAUGGCAUUUUCGAACUUCACAUCUUCGUUCUGAGUCGCUUUUCCCGCUUCUUUCCUUGACUUCCCACUUCCAGCUCUGUGGAACUCGAAGGCCUGCCAGCUUGUUGCAUGGGAGAACAAUCGACCUCAUCCU